AUGUCUGCUAACCAUCUCCCAAGACUCUCUCAGCUCAUUUCAUCACUUGCCUCUGCAGCUCUGGUUGCUAAGGCUAGGUGCCUCCUGGAUGACAAGGAGGAACUGUGGGAGGAGAAGGUCACUUGGAUGCACCUGUGGGAGCAGAGAACAGGGGAGGUCCAUCCCCUUGUCAAAUGUGGUCAAGUGCUGGGGGUUGACACAAGGAUAGAUGCCACAGAUGGGCCAAUCCUGGCAGAGGCCAACAAGGCUUAUGAGAAGUGGUCUGUGGAAGAGACUGCAGCAGCAGCAUGUGGGGGUGGUGAUGAGGAUGUGUGA